GGGGAAAUAACAAACCACCCACUUCUACUUUGUACGGUUCACAGUGAGUGAGUCACGAGAAGUUCAGUGUCCAGGAGACAGACGCCGAGGACCGGGAGGACACGCACCACCUACCCGGAGGACUCCUCUCAACAACCGGACGCUGCACUCGUAUCAUGCCCAGGCUCCACUUGUGUUAGCCCGGGCUCCCGCUCUCUCAGCCCGGACUCUCCUCGCAGAAGAACCGCUGCGGCUGUUAGCAGUGUUAGCCGCUAACUCCCGAAGGUAACGUGCUAAUAAGCGCGAGUGAAGUGAAGAAGUCGCGCUGAGGCUAACGGAGACAAGGCUGCUCUGCGGGGACACCGGGUGGGACAUUUCUGUCCUUUCUUUUUAACCACCGGAGCGGGUGUGGAUAAACGCGGCGGCGGCGGCAGCUGCGUCUGCGUCGCUGUGCUCCCCGCUGUGUCGCGGCGUUUCCCGCUGCUCGUGUCCUCACAGUCGGCGGAGCUGCCCGUUAGCAGCGGCUGUUAGCCUGUUAGCCUGACAGAAGCUAAGACACCAUCAUCUCUUUGGCGGCAGCGGCAGCAGCAGUGGAGCAUGCAGGAGGAGGAAACACCCCAGAUAAAGAGAUAGGACAGGAGAGGGGGGCGUCGACUUAAACUGGACUGUGUGGUUUUGUCAAACCACCGAACAGGGAUUACUUUUGGUCGCAAAGAGAACGUGAACGAUGAAGAAAUUUUCCAGAAUGCCAAAGUCGGAGAGUGGCGGGCUCGGAGCGGCGUCCAGCAGCGGAGUCAGCGGCUUUCUCGGGAGAGUGUUCGCCGUCGGCCGAUAUCAAGUCACUGUGGAGGAGCUCAUUGCAGAAGGAGGCUUCUCUGUGGUGUUUCUGGCUCGGACACACAGCGGCGUCCGCUGCGCUCUCAAGAGGAUGUACGUCAACAACGUCACCGACCUGAGCGUCUACAAGAGGGAGAUCACCAUCAUGAAGGAACUGUCAGGACACAAGAACAUUGUGGGAUAUUUGGACUCAGUCAUCAGUGUGGUGUCAGAUAGUGUGUGGGAGGUUCUGAUCCUCAUGGAAUAUUGUAAAGCGGGUCAGGUGGUGAAGCAGAUGAACCAGCGUCUGAACGUGGGCUUCAGUGAGUCCGAGGUUCUCCACAUCUUCUGUGACGCCUGUGAGGCCGUGGCUCGUCUUCACCAGUGCAAGACGCCCAUCAUCCACAGAGACCUGAAGGUUGAAAACAUCCUGUUGAACGACCAGGGGAAUUACGUGCUGUGUGACUUUGGCAGUGCCACUCACAAAGUUCUGCUGCCUCACAAAGACGGAGUCACUGCUGUGGAGGACGAGAUUAAGAAGUACACUACUCUGUCAUAUCGAGCACCAGAGAUGAUCAACUUGUAUGCAGGGAAAGCCAUCACCACUAAAGCCGAUAUAUGGGCACUCGGAUGCUUGUUGUACAAGCUGUGUUUCUUCACUCUUCCGUUCGGGGAGAGUCAAGUCGCCAUAUGUGACGGAACCUUUAUUGUUCCUGACAACUCUAGAUUCUCCCUCAAGUUGCACUGUUUGAUCAGAUUCAUGCUCGAACCAGACCAGGAGAAGAGACCAGACAUUUACCAAGUUUCCUACUUUGCCUUUAAGUUUGCAGGGAAAGACUGUCCAGUGCCAAAUCUCUGUAAGUCGGUCAUUCCCACGUCUCUGCCUGAGCCUCUAACAGCCAGUGAGGUCGCUGCUAAGAAAAGCAUCACAAAAGCCAGGAUCACGGAGUGUGUCGGACCGACGGAGACGUCCAUCGCUCCUCGACAGAGGCCGAAGGCGGCCAACAGUAACGUGCUGCCGCUCGCCAACGCCGUCACCCCCGUCAAGAUGAGCGUGCCUUCAGCGCCGCUCAGCAACGGACAGAAAGCUCCGUCCCCGGGCUCAGUGCAGCCACAGUCGCAGCUGCAGCUGCAGCCUGGUAGUCAGCAGCACCGUGUCCUACAGCAGCUUCAGCCUGGAGAUCUGCGUCUGCAGCAGCUACAACAUCAACAAGCUGUGCAGCAGCAGCAGCAGCAGCAGCAGCAUCAGCAGCAGCAGCAGCAUCAGCAGCAGCAUCAGCAGCAGCAGCAGCAUCAGCAGCAGCAGCAGCAGCGGCAUGCUAAUGCACAGCAUCUGCACUACCUGCAGUACCAGCAGGCCGUGCAGCAGCAGCAGCAGCAGCAGCAGCAGCAGCAGCAGCAGCAGCAGCAGCAGAUGAUGAUGAUGAUGAUGCAGCCCAUGUACCAGCAGCAGGUGGCUCAGGCUCAGGCUCAGGCUCAGGCCCAGGCCCAGGCCCAAGCCCAGUACGCAGCCAUGCUGCACCAGUACCACCAAGCUUUUGUCCAACAACAACAACAACAACAACAGCAGCAGCAGCUUCAUCAGCAGCAGCAGCUUCAUCAGCAGCAGCAGCAGCAGCAGCAGCAGCAGCAGCCUCUCCCCUACAUGUCCUCCCCUCUUGAGUUCCAGAUUCCCCUCGGCUCUUAUAACACGACCACACCCUCUGCUGGACCUGGACCUGGAUCUAGAGCAGGUUGUGGUCUCUCACCUGUGGAUCCUUCACACACUAACAGCAGUAGACUCCCCCUGCUGGCCUCAGACGGGAUGACUCCUCCCUCUCAGAGCUGCACCGUCAGUCACCCCCCCGACAUGUCGGGCUGGAACCCGUUUGGAGAAGACAACUUCUCCAAACUGACGGAGGAGGAGCUGAUCGACCGCGAGUUUGACCUGCUCAGAGCGAAUAAACUGGUGGAGAGAACAGCGAGCGUGGAAACGGAGCGACUACAGCCCGCCCUCGUCGCCACUAAGCCCCUCCCACCCGAGGAUCUGUUUGGCUCAGUCCCGUUUGUGUCCAGCGCAGGCUCCAGUUUGAUGAAAAGCAAACAAACAAACAUCAAAACUAUCACCGUCUCUGAUCUUCAGCUUCCUGCGGUGAAGCAGAUCAAAAGCGGUCGAGUGGACGAAGGGUCCGACAGCGACAGCGACUUUGAGUCUGAUCCUCCGUCGCCGAAGAGCAGCGAGGACGAGGAGGAGGAGGGGGAGGAGCUUUUGACCUGUGAACACGGAGAAGAUACAGAAGCCGACGAUCUGGGUCAGAACCCACUGCUCACGGAUUCUGACGAUGAAGACGACGACGACGACGUCAGCGUCAAGAGUCGACAAAAGAAAUCUGUCACCGGCAGGAGGAGCCCUCCAGCUGACUCCUCCCCCUCCACUCUCAUCACUCCUCCUAACGCUGUGGAGGCAGUGGAUGUUUUUAGAUCUGCCCCUUUUCAUGGAGGAAUCGAAUCUGCGGGGAUCAUUUCCACACAGGUGAGCCCCGAACAACAACCACAUCCCCGCCGCGUCACCACAGACGACUUUGACGUCUUUACCAAAGCGCCGUUCAGUCGUCACCUGUCCAAGAGCAGCAGUGACGUCCCCCUGGGCCAGACUCCUCCCCUCUCUCUCGAGAGCAUUGACAUUUUCGGCUUCUCUCCCUUCGAGCCGCCGGGCUCCACGGCGCCCCCGCCUGUCACCUCCAGAAGUGCGGACGACAUCUUCCGUCCGCCGUUGGACGAGUCGGCGAGUUGUCAGCAGCCGCCGCAUCACAAGCAGCGAAGUCUUCACAAACUGUCUUCGCGUCAGAGGAAGACCCGGCAGGACGCCGCCAGCAAGCGACACCACGGUACGCCCACCGGGGGGCGCAAGAUCAACAAGCCCACGUACCGCACGCCAGAGCGAGUCCGCCGGCACAAGAAGGUCGGACGCAGAGAUUCGCAGAGCAGCAACGAGUUCCUGAGCGCGUCCGACUCCAAAGAGAACAUCGGCGUGGACGUCACCAUGGCGCCGUCUGUGGCGGCAGACGACGCCAUCUUAGAUCCGUUUGGGGCGAAACCGUUUCACCUGCAGGACGUUUGUCGUCAUCACGGCGUCGGAGACGGGAUGAGUCUGAGAGAGAGCGAGACCAUGGACGACUUUGGGGCGGUGCCUUUCACCGAGCUCGCUGCACACAAAGGUUUGGAGCAGCAGGGGGCGCCGUCACAGCCACUGGACCUGGACCCGUUUGGCGCCGCCCCCUUUCCCACCAAACACUGACUUUCACCUGAGGCUGGAAAAAGUCAAACCACUCUUCAGGUUUGGGUCUUUUUUUUCUUUGUGUGUGAAACUGUGACACGAUGACCUAAACCCUGAGGACGUGUGAGCGCCCCCUGUGUGCUGAUGCCUGUAAUGCUGCAACAAACCAGAAACGCUCGAACUGUACUGUGAUUACAAACUUAGAAGGAGAGUUCGGAGUUUUUAAAGUACCUGAACUCUUCCUUUAACACGCGACUUUCUAGAUAGCGUUGUUUUUAACCGUGACGCCUUGACCUGAGCUCCUCCCCUUGACCUUUUUUUUUAUGCAUUUGAGUUGCAGUCGUUGCCGUGAAAACAUGAGGAGGGACGAAUGUUGUUUUUCUUCUUUAAAAACAUUUUAACAUGAAAUAAAAAGUCAUACACUUUUUCGUUAUAUCCAGUGUAUUUAAAGUUUGUUUUUUGGACACAAACAAAAUAAAUAAAUGAAACUAAAAAGAGUUUGAACAAACAUUCAAUGACUGAAGUGAGUGAACAAGUAAAUAUGCUUUUGUCUCAUUUCUGUCAUGAAGUGGUUAGAAGACAUGUUGACCUUUGACAUUGCACUUGGCCCUGAUCAGAGUUUGGAAAACAGGUAAGUACAUCGGUGUAUUUAUCUGUAACAUAAACAUCAACAAUACUAUUUUACAACUAAUUAACUGUCAGAAAUCAUGAACCUGAUUUUGAACUGUUGAAUGACUUUCAUUAUUAGUUUCAGAACCACUUUAGCCUGUUCUGUAGAAACAUAGCAAGUAACUGCCCACUGAACCUAAACAAUCACAGACAUAAGGAUGAGACCCCGCCCCCUUUACCUCUGCGUUGCUUUUUUUCUAUCAACAAGAAGCAAAAGGUUUACAAAAACUAAACCUCCUUUGGUUUAACCUCUGGGUUAGAACAUAUUUUCCAGGUCUAUUUAAUAUGAUUUUUUUUUCCUUUUCCAGGUCAUUACAUGACAGCAAUUAAAUCUCCGUGUCCUCCUGUGUAUCACCUGACGUUCUGAAGACUUUGUCACACAUGAAGUUUAACAAUGGGACGCAAUCAUGUGUUUACUGUGUGAAGGAGUGAGUUUCCCAGGAUGCUUUGCAGCGUGUCAGUGCUGUUGUGGAGCUUCAGGACACAAGUGAGUGUGUCUCUGACUCAGUAGAAAACCUGAAGACUCGAGCCACCAAUAAAACAUCAGCAGCAUCAGCAGGUGAAACAGCUGGUGACUGGAGCCAAUGUAGUUUAACUGACCUGUAACAACGUAAGAAAACAAAAGAAGAAAAAUUUGACAAAAAAGUCAUACUACAGUAUGACAUUUUUGACAACAUGCUAUACUAUAACUUUUAUCAAAUUUGUAUGUCAUGCUAUGGUAUGACAUCAUACUAUACUAUGACUAUUUUGGACG